AUGGCUGUUACGAAGACGAACAAGGUUGUCGGCUCUGGUGCCUCGAAGGCUUCGGCCAAGGGCAAUAGCUUUUUCAUCGACUUCUCCGGUCCUGCCAACGACGGUGUUCUUGAUGCCGACGCUUUCGAGAAGUUCCUCCAUGACCGUAUCAAGGUCGAUGGUCGUCCUGGCCAGCUCGGUGACGCCGUGCAGGUUGUUCGCGAGGGCGAGGGCAAGAUCUGGAUUAAGACCUCGAUUCCCUUCUCGAAGCGCUAUCUCAAGUAUUUGACGAAGAAGUUCCUUAAGCGCUCGGGUCUUCGUGACUGGCUCCGUGUGGUCGCUACCUCCAAGCCUGGCUUCGAGGUUAAGUUCUUCAAUGUCUCGUACGACCAGGAGGACGAGGCUGACGAGGACGAGGCUGACGAGUAG